UUCGCUGUUGCACUGUCGCAUUUAGGAACAGGAAGUUCCGGGAAGAAAACAACAGAACUGUGUUAUGUCGAUAGUGGUUGUGUCCGUUUCAAAUGUAUUAUUGUAGACCGAUUAAGUCUGAGGCCGGUAACAUCAACAGUGAGGACAAACCCAGCCUGCCUCUCUCCUUCCACACUGAGUAGCAACCUACAGUCACUCGGUCCUGAUUGUGACAGUGGAGCCCAGUUUGCUCUGCAGGAUCCAGAGAUGGCAUCAGUGAAGCUGGAAGACUGCAGUCAAACACUGGAGCUGAAUGUCAACAUUAAAGAUGAAGAGGAAGAGGAGGAGAAGAUUAGGACAACUGUUAGUCACGGAGACCAUGUUGAGACAUUCUCUACAUCCAGAGAGCAACAGCAGGAAGAUCAGAGAGCUAAGAGGUCUCAUCACUGCCCACAUUGUGAACAGAUUUUCCCAUUUCUAUCAAAGCUAAAAAUACACCUAAAAAUACACACAGGAGAGAAGCCUUUCUCCUGCUCUGACUGUGGAAAAUGCUUCAAAACAUCAACGGUGCUAAAACUUCACCAGAGAACACACACAGGAGAGAAGCCUUUCUUCUGCCCUGACUGUGGAACUCGUUUCUCUCAACUUUCCCACUUAAAAUCACACGAACGGCUACAUACAGGGGAGAAGCCAUACUCCUGCUCUGACUGUGGAAAACGUUUUAAAACAUUAUAUGACCUAAAAGUUCACCAGAGAACACACACAGGAGAGAAGCCUUACGUCUGCUCUGACUGUGGAAAAUGCUUCACAACAUCAACUCAUCUAAAAGUUCAUCAGAGAACUCACACAGGAGAGAAGCCUUAUUACUGCUCUGAAUGUGGAAAAUGUUUUAAAACAUCAAAUGAGCUAAAAGUUCAUCAGACAACACACACAGGAGAGAAGCCUUUCUUCUGCCCUGACUGUGGAACUAGUUUCUCUCAAGUUUCCCACUUAAAAUCACAUGAACGUAUACAUACAGGGGAGAAGCCAUACUCCUGCUCUGACUGUGGAAAAUGUUUUAAAACAUUAUAUGAGCUAAAGGUUCAUCAGAGAACACACACAGGAGAGAAGCCUUACUCCUGCUCUGACUGUGGAAAAUGCUUCACAACAUCAACUCAUCUAAAAGUUCAUCAGAGAACACACACAGGAGAGAAGCCUUAUUACUGCUCUGACUGUGGAAAAUGUUUUAAAACAUCAAAUGAGCUAAAAGUUCAUCAGGCAACACACACAGGAGAGAAGCCUUAUUAUUGCUCUGACUGUGGAAAACGUUUUAAAACAACAACUCAGCUAAAAGUUCAUCAGAGGACUCACACAGGAGAGAAGCCUUUCUUCUGCUCUGACUGUGGGGCGAGUUUCUCUCAUCUGAGCACCUUAAAAACACACCAACUUAUACAUACAGGAGAGAAGCCUUACAUCUGCUCUGAAUGUGGAAAAUGCUUCAAAACAUCAACUGAGCUAAAAGUUCAUCAGAGAACACACACAGGAGAGAAGCCGUAUUUCUGCUCUGACUGUGGAACUAGUUUCUCUAAAUUUUCCCACUUAAAAACACAUGAACGUAUACAUACAGGAGAGAAGCCUUUCUUCUGCUCUGACUGUGGAGCGAGUUUCUCUCAUCUGGGCACCUUAAAAACACACCAACGUAUACACACAGGAGUGAAGCCUUAUUCCUGCUCUGACUGUGGAAAAAAAUUUAAAACAUCAAAUGAGCUAAAAGUUCACCAGACAACACACACAGGAGAGAAGCCUUUCUUCUGCCCUGACUGUGGAACUAGUUUCUCUCAACUUUCCCACUUAAAAUCACAUGAACGUGUACAUACAGGGGAGAAGCCAUACUCCUGCUCUGACUGUGGAAAAUGUUUCAAAACAUUAUAUGAGCUAAAAGUUCACCAGAGAACACACACAGGAGAGAAGCCUUACGUCUGCUCUGACUGUGGAAAAUGCUUCACAACAUCAACUCAUCUAAAAGUUCAUCAGAGAACACACACAGGAGAGAAGCCAUACUCCUGCUCUGACUGUGGAAAACGUUUUAAAACAUCGAAUGAGCUAAAAGUUCACCAGACAACACACACAGGAGAGAAGCCAUACUCCUGCUCUGACUGUGGAAAAGGUUUUAAAACAUCAACUCAGCUAAAAGUUCAUCAGAAGACUCACACAGGAGAGAAGCCUUUCUUCUGCUCUGACUGUGGGGUUAGUUUCUCUCAUCUGGGCACCUUAAAAACACACCAACUUACACACACUGGUGAGAAGCCUUACGUCUGCUCUGACUGUGGAAAAUGCUUCAAAACAUCAACUGAGCUAAAAGUUCAUCAGAAGACUCACACAGGAGAGAAGCCGUAUUACUGCUCUGAGUGUGGAACUAGUUUCUCUAAAUUUUCCCACUUAAAAACACACCAACUUAUACACACUGGUGAGAAGCCUUACGUCUGCUCUGACUGUGGAAAAUGCUUCAUAACAUCAACUCAUCUAAAAGUUCAUCAGAGAACACACACAGGAGAGAAGCCUUAUUACUGCUCUGACUGUGGGAAAUGUUUUAAAACAUCAAAUGAGCUAAAAGUUCACCAGAGAACACACACAGGAGAGAAGCCUUUCUUCUGCCCUGACUGUGUUAAAGGUUUUAAAACAUCAACUCAGCUCAAAGUUCAUCAGAGGACUCACACAGGAGAGAAGCCUUUCUUCUGCUCUGACUGUGGGGCGAGUUUCUCUCAUCUGGGCACCUUAAAAACACACCAACUUAUACACACUGGUGAGACUUAUACCCACUGCCUUACGUCUGCUCUGACUGUGGCAAAUGUUUCAAAACAUCAACUGAGCUAAAAGUUCAUCAGAAGACUCACACAGGAGAGAAGCCGUAUUACUGCUCUGAGUGUGGAACUAGCUUCUCUAAAUUUUCCCACUUAAAAACACGUAUACAAUGGGGCAAAAAGGUAUUUAGUCAGCCACCAAUUGUGCAAGUUCUCCCACUUAAAAAGAUGAGAGAGGCCUGUAAUUUUCAUCAUAGGUACACUUCAACUAUGACAGACAAAAUGAGAAAAAAAAUCCAGAAAAUCACAUUGUAGGAUUUUUAAUGAAUUUAUUUGCAAAUUAUGGUGGAAAAUAAGUAUUUCUAUGUCUAUUAUGCACGUUCCCUAAACUUGAGACAUCUGUGACAUUGUGUAUCCUUUUAUUGUCCCCCAGCACAAGGUGCACCUGUGUAAUGAUAUUGCUGUUUUAUCAUUACUUCUCAUUACUAUCAUUACUUCUCUUUAGUAUUCAGUUUUUCAUAUUAGAUCUGACAGUAUGAAUGGUUCUUAUGGUUGUAUUCAGUUCUUCAUAUUAGAUCUGACAGUAUGAAUGGUUCUUAUGGUUGUAUUCAGUUCUUCAUAUUAGAUCUGACAGUAUGAAUGGUUCUUAUGGUUGUAUUCAGUUCUUCAUAUUAGAUCUGACAGUAUGAAUGGUUCUUAUGGUUGUAUUCAGUUCUUCAUAUUAGAUCUGACAGUAUGAAUGGUUCUUAUGGUUGUAUUCAGUUCUUCAUAUUAGAUCUGACAGUAUGAAUGGUUCUUAUGGUUGUAUUCAGUUCUUCAUAUUAGAUCUGACAGUAUGAAUGGUUCUUAUGGUUGUAUUCAGUUCUUCAUAUUAGAUCUGACAGUAUGAAUGGUUCUUAUGGUUGUAUUCAGUUCUUCAUAUUAGAUCUGACAGUAUGAAUUGUUCUUAUGGUUGUAUUCAGUUCUUCAUAUUAGAUCUGACAGUAUGAAUGGUUCUUAUGGUUGUAUUCAGUUCUUCAUAUUAGAUCUGACUGUGUGAAUGGUUCUUAUGGGCUGUGUGCUGGGAGUGUUUUUGUAUGACUACAGUCAGGAGUUCUCUCUGACCCUGUGAUGUCACCAGCACAUUAAGUACAUUCAUCUUAAGAUAGCCAGGUGAGACAACCACAUGUCACAGUAAACACAUUUCUCCUCAAUUAGUCAGUUUCACAUUAUUAUUAUUAUUAUUUGUAUUUGGGGGGGGGGGGGGGGGGGGGGUACUCUUUAAAGACGAAGGGUUUCAGACCUUUUGGGGCAGAUGGGCAGAGACUCUGCUUCACUGGCAUCAGAGGGAAGCUGGUGCCACCAUUGGGGUGCUUGGGAACUUGGGAAGGUUAACCACCCAGAUGGACUGCAGUGUUCUAGAUAAGUUCAGUGGCGACCCAUCAUUCAGGGCAGGUGAGCCACCUGUUUUGAGCCCCACAGUUAUAGCGAUAAAGUGUGAAAA